AUGGCUGAUGAAGUUCCAAGUUUGGCAGAGUCGAAGUUAACAGCUUUGGUGGUGGAUGACAACUUUGUAAACCAAAGCAUGCAUCAUAAACUUCUCGACCGUCUAGGUAUUAAAAACGACGUCGUUUGUAAUGGCCAAGAAGCUGUUGAUGUUCAUUGUUCAGGGAGAAACUAUGAUCUUAUUCUUAUGGACAUGGAGAUGCCCAUCUUGAACGGUAUUCAGGCGACAAAAAGACUAAGAGAAAUGGGGAUAGAGAGCAAAAUAGCAGGAGUAACAACUAGAGCUAACGAAGGAGACAAGAAAGAGUUUAUGGAAGCUGGUCUUAAUGACUUUCAAGAGAAACCUCUCACCAUCUCCAAGCUUCUGUCUAUUCUCCAUAGACUUGACUUUUAUGUCCAAAACUAA